AGCCGGGAACGGGCGGUGGGGAGCGGGCGGAGCUGGCCUUGCCUCUGCCUGGCUGGCGCCGCAGUCGGCGCGGGCCGCGCCCGCCGCCGUAAACUGCCCCGAGCGCCUGCUGAGGCCGAGGGAGACGUCGGGGCCUGCACCUGGAGGGAGCCUGCCGCGCUGGCCCCGAGGAGGGGGCGUUGCCAUGGCGACAGCCUCUCCCGCCGCUGACGGGGGGCGGGGGCGGCCCUGGGAAGGAGGGCUGGUCUCCUGGCCCCCUGCCCCUCCCCUUACUCUCCCCUGGACUUGGAUGGGUCCGAGUUGGGGGCAACACCCUGGGCAUUGGGGCUUUCCAGCUCUCACAGAACCUUCAGCAUCCCCAGCUGGCAGUCUUGGCAUCUUCGAAGUAAGGAGAGUUUUAGAUGCUUCUGGAUGUUCAAUGCUAGCACCUUUACAGACUGGAGCAGCUCGAUUUUCUUCAUAUUUACUUUCAAGAGCAAGAAAAGUGCUGGGCUCCCACUUAUUUUCUCCCUGUGGUGUUCCGGAGUUCUGCUCCAUAUCCACCAGAAAACUGGCGGCCCACGGCUUUGGCGCAUCCAUGGCGGCAAUGGUGCCCUUUCCUCCCCAGAGGUAUCACUACUUUUUAGUGCUGGACUUUGAGGCCACGUGCGACAAGCCACAGAUUCAUCCUCAGGAAAUUAUCGAGUUCCCCAUCCUGAAGCUAAAUGGUCGAACCAUGGAGAUUGAGUCUACCUUUCACAUGUAUGUCCAGCCCGUAGUCCAUCCACAGCUUACUCCCUUCUGUACAGAGCUCACCGGGAUUAUUCAAGCUAUGGUGGAUGGUCAGCCAAGCCUGCAGCAAGUACUGGAGAGGGUCGAUGAGUGGAUGGCGAAGGAAGGCCUCUUAGAUCCAAACGUCAAGUCAAUUUUUGUCACCUGUGGAGACUGGGACUUGAAAGUCAUGCUCCCAGGUCAGUGCCAGUACUUGGGCUUGCCAGUGGCGGACUACUUCAAGCAGUGGAUUAAUCUGAAAAAGGCUUACAGCUUCGCCAUGGGCUGCUGGCCCAAGAAUGGACUUCUAGACAUGAACAAGGGCCUCAGCCUGCAACACAUAGGCCGGCCCCACAGCGGCAUUGAUGACUGCAAGAACAUUGCCAACAUCAUGAAGACACUUGCGUAUCAAGGCUUCAUCUUCAAGCAGACAUCGAAGCCGUUCUGAUUGGCCGAGGACGGGAUGGGGCAGGACAGGGUAGCUGCUUGGCCCAGCCCAGAACCCUCCUUUCCCUCACCAGAGGGGAAAAGGGAGAGUGGCACAGCUCUACAUCCAGAGUGUCCCCCAGCCUGCCCUGUGGGCUUGUGCCCGGGGUAAGGGCUUGGCCACUUGGCCCCUCUGGAGCAGACACUUUGUGGCCCCCACCCCAACCCCCCAACCUCAGCCCAGUAUUAGCCCCUCCCAUUGUGGGCCUGGGCUAGGGGGACCCAGGCACUCACCGCCUCCUCCCUGGUACACAGGCUUCUGCCGGGGCCACCAAGCCCCUGUGCCCCCUCCCAUCUGUAGUGCAUGGUGUGUGGUGCCCCCAGGGCUCCAGGACAGAUCAGGCCCCACCUUGUGUCUACCCCCAUCCCCGCUGUGAACGUGCCACUGAAUAAAGUCGGGGAAACGAG